AUGCGAAAUGCUGUAUUAUACAAUAUAAUGUUACUAGCAACAAGACUGUCCGUCUUCUCCGUGGAUCGCUUAAACGAGGGUGGUCAAACGGCGGUGUCGAAACCCCGGAGGUCCCGUCGCAAGAAGCCGAAAAACGCUACUGCCAACUCUAAGGCAAAAGCAAUGGCAACUCCUUGCGGUGAGUACCGAAAGGAAAGCCAGAAGUCCAAUACACAGCCAGGGACACAGGCAACGAAUCAACAGCCGUGUUCCGUGCCAGCGAUUCAGAAUCAGACUACCUCGACAGCCCCGAUGCGACUGAGGUCUCUCUAUACGGCGCAUAGUUAUCAUGCUCAGACAGAAGAAUCUAAUUUUCAGCGAUACAGUGAAUUUUCCAAGUAUUUCGAAACACCUCCGUCGGAGCAAUGGGGCGGUUUAACGAAUGCAACGCCGCUUUGGCGGCAACCAAGGAAUUCGAAAACCAUCGCACCCUAUUACGAGGAGACGUGCGUCUACGCCGAGAACUGGAGGGAACACGACACCGACGCAGCCAUCGUCGCCACGCCGCAUGGGACGAUUUCCUUGAGACUUCACAACAGGAUUCGAGUGGACAUGACGAUCGAUCGCGCGGUCAGAAUAAUCAAUUUCAAGAAUAACAUCGUAUUAUCGUUGAGCGGUUCUGGAGCAGCCGCGGCAUUACUACACCCGAAUGGGAGAAUAUAUCAGUACGGAUCUCGAGUUGAAAUCUUGGCCCACGACGCCCACGGCAAUAACAAAUAUGCAAAGAUGUGGUAUAAAGGGGUCAGCUUCACUUCCGAGCAAUGCGCCCUUGUCUAUUUAGUGGACACUGCGGGAACGAGAACGACCACAGACUCGUUUUCCGAUAUGAGUCAGGAUUUCUCUCUAAGUGUUUUUUACUCUCGUUCUCGGCACGGUUCAGCGUGCCUACAAGAAGCUGCAGCAGCUUUAAAUGCUGCCCAGUAUUGGUUGACUAACGAAGGAGUAGAGAAUUGGAUCAUCAAUAACGUCAGAGUUUCUCAGACACCCGAUGGUCUUGUUAGGAUUGCACGGAACAGUAAUAAGUAUCAGUUGCGUACAUCCCCCAGUAAUGGUACCGCCUCGUUAACAACACCGUUUUUACACUGCACCGCUUCUCUGGGCCAGACAUCUCAUCUUUUUGUGCGUCGCGGCGAACGACGUAUGCAUUACGACGGGACCAGUUUUAUCGUGCGAAAUGCAGGCCACAGCGCUGGAUUUGACGAUAACAAUCAGCUGAAGGUUUACUAAGAAAUUCUCGUGCGAACUCUCAUUGCCGCGAGCUUGGUUGGUAAAAAAAGAAAAGAAAAAGAUAUCUUCACGACGACACAACCAUCGCAUCCAGUAUACAGAUUUUCACUUUUAACGUCAUAAAUGUAAUACAGCCACGUGAAGCUGAAACGAAACUGU